UAUUCCUUCGUUUCCGUUGGCAUAUCCUUACAUUUAGUGAAGGUUUAUCUUUGAGUUUGUCCAUCCUUUCCCCUCGCUCCGGUGCCCUCUUUUCCUCUUACUCCCUCUAUAUUCUGACAGCUUGGUCGAUUCACAAAUCUGCCGGGCUAUUUUCCCGGGCUUCUUCAAAAUAAGGCAAGAAGUUAUUUUUUAUUACCAAACUUCGAAAAUUAAUUUUCAAUUUUAGCCUUCCCCCUCUCCUACCUCUUUUUUCCUUUCUAUCGUGGACUCGUCGGUUCCAUAUUACGACAUCGAAAGGAUUUAUCACUGAUUACUAAUGAAUGACAUUGAAAUUAAGUAAACCUCGUUACUGCUUGAUCGAGUCGAUAAUAAAAAUUGAGCACGUUGGAGUACGCAGCAGCCAGAGCCGCAGAACACUCAGCCAGCAGUGACAAAUCAGCAAGAACUACAGAACCAAACAGCAAGUCAGAAAGUAGAACAAGAAUUUACUACAAUGACAGAUCAGCGAGAACAGCAACCCCAGCCACAACAGCAACAACAAUCACAACAGCAGCAAACCAAAGGAAACGAAGAACCAAGAACAAAUUUGAUCAUCAAUUAUCUUCCACAGAGUAUGACAGAGAAAGACCUUUAUAGUCUGUUUGUAACUAUUGGACCUGUGGAAUCUUGUCGUGUUAUGAAAGACUACAAAACAGGAUAUAGUUACGGUUUUGGAUUUGUUAAUUAUGCAAAAGCAGAGGAUGCAGCUACAGCUAUAAGUACCUUAAAUGGGCUCCAAGUCCAGAAUAAAAGGUUAAAAGUAUCUUUUGCGCGUCCAUCUGGUGAAGAGAUUAAAGAAACUAAUCUUUAUGUAACAAAUUUACCAAGAAAUAUAACUGAAAGUCAGAUUGAUGAUAUAUUUAGCAAAUAUGGAAAUAUUGUGCAAAAAAACAUCUUAAAAGACAAACUCACUGGGUUACCAAGGGGUGUAGCAUUUGUGAGAUUCGACAAGCGGGAGGAAGCACAAGAAGCGAUCGCACGAUUACACGGCACGAUACCAGAAGGUGGAUCAGAGCCACUUAGCGUAAAAAUCGCGGAGGAACACGGGAAACAGAAAGCGGCGUAUUACGCUGGAUGGCAGGCUGGUUACAAUCAAAGUCGAGGUGCUGGCGGCGGUCUUGGAGGUGGAGGAAGAGGUAGAGGUAUUGGUGGACCGCCAGGGAUGGGUAUGAGCAUCAGCGGGGGUGGUCCAGGAAUGCUGGGAAGAGCAGGAAGUGGCUUUGGACCGCGUGGCGGGCCACACGGUGGUUUCCUGGGAGGAAGUGGCGGUCCUGGCGCCAUGAGAAUGGAAAAGAUUCACCCUCAUCGCUUUAAUCCUAUUGGCAUGGGCGGUGGCUACGUGCAGUCACAUUUCUGGUGACCUAGCGUCGUUAACGAUCUGACUUGCAAGACCGCACCGGCUACGUACCUUUCUUCGUUCGACCGGAAACCAAGCAGCUGCGACCGUUGUCGUUCGUAACUCUGCAAACGAAUAAGGAAACGUUUCCCUCGAGCGAUCGUGAAGUCACA